AUGCCAGCCCGCGACCAGCCUCUUGAUAGCGAUAACUCAGCAAUCACGGAGCAACCCCAGGCCCCCGUGUCUAUGAAGAUCAGCUUGGAUGCAAAGGGUCAUGAAGUGCACUCCAAGGAUGUGUCAGGAGACAGCGAGAAACAGGACAUCCAGCCCGAGCCCCAUGACGAUGUAGAGAAAGUCGAGCAUGCAUUGCCUCCCAAACAAUUCGUUGCCGCGUACCUUCUGAUUUUCGUCAUGGAGUUCAUUCACGAAAUGUCUUCGGGUAUUUUUGGUGUUCUCGACCCCUACGUCACUAGUGAAUUCAAUAAGCAUUCAUUGACAGCAACGACGACGGUAGUCGCCAAUAUCGCGAGUGCCGCCGUUUCCCUCCCCUAUGCCAAGCUCGUUCAGGUCUGGGGCCGUACACAGGGUUUCGCCCUCAUGAUCCUUUUGUUGACUAUCGGUAUCAUCAUGAUGGCGGCUUGUAAGAACGUCGAGACUUACUGUGCCGCUCAAGUGUUCUACAACAUCGGCUACAAUAAUAUCAAGUUCAGCAUUGUCCUGUUCGUUGCUGAUACCACCGCGAUUCGGAACCGAGCCUUCCUGAUCGGCAUUGUAUCGUCGCCUACGCUCGCCACAAUGUGGGCGUAUGGCCCGGCUACGCAGAGGAUACUCGACACAAUAGGCUUUAGAUGGGGCUUUGGCAUGUGGGCUAUCAUCUAUCCUGUCGCCUUUAUGCCCUUGCUCACCUUGUUCUACAUCACGCAGAGGGUACUGCAGUCGAAGAGACCAUCCUCAUCAGUCAGUCCCCACCGUACGUGGGCGCAGUUGGUCGUCCACUGGUGUCAGGAAUUCGACGUCGUUGGCAUUUUCAUCAUCGCUGUCGGCCUUGGCCUGUUACUUCUGGCGCUUGAUAUUUACAGCUAUCAAGCUAAUAGCUGGAAGUCACCGCUCAUCAUCUGCUUCAUCGUGUUUGGCAGCCUUCUCAUCCCUGGGUUCGCUCUCUACGAGAAGCAUCUGGCAAAGUCCACCUUCAUUCCCUGGCACCUUUUCACCAAUAGGACGGUUGUCUUUACCAACAUCAUGGUUCUUACUCUACAGGCGGCGGAAAUGAUGGCGAGUGCGUACCUUUACUCGUUACUCAUUGUCGUUUUCCGGCAGUCCGUCUCGAAUGCAACAUACAUCUCCAAUAUCUACUAUAUUGGCAGUGUUGUUAUGAACCUGAUUAUUGGUGUGGCUUUGCGAUUCUACGGCCGCAUCAAGUACUACGCACUUUUCGUGGCCGUGCCUUUCAUAAUGCUCGGCACCGGCCUCAUGAUAAAGUUCCGUACCACCGACAGCCACAUUGGAUACCUUGUCCUCUGCCAGAUUCUCAUCGCCUUUGGAGGUGGAAUGCUCUAUCCUAUCGAGCAGAUGACGCUCAUGGCGGUUUCCGCUCACGAACACGUCCCCGCAUUACUCGCUGUCGAAUCCGUGUUUGCUCUAACUGGAAAGGCUAUCGGAUAUGCAAUUUCAGGAGCCAUAUGGACAGGCAUGUUCGAGGACAAGCUAGUCGAGUACCUUCCUGUAUCCGAGCUGCCCAAUCUCGGCGAAAUUUACGGUAGCCUGGAGGUGCAAAGUGCAUACCCUGCAGGAAGUGCAGCGUUCAAGGCUAUCUGCCUAGCGUAUGGAGAUACUCAGCGCAUCAUAUUGAUCGUGUCGACUUGUAUUCUCGUUUUGACAGGUUCAUGUGUUCUGUUCUGGCAGGAUGUGGAUGUGAAGGAAAUGAAGUAUCUCCGGGACAGAGCCAAGCUUGAAGCUCUAUGA